GUGGCAGCACUGACUAAAUAAGAACAGCUGUUACAACUCACAUACAACAGAAAUUCAGAAUCAGAAAUCAAUAAUCAAUGAAACUCGCCAAUGUUUUUGUUUCUUGUGAAUUUUUAUGGUAAAUUCAUGUUAAUAUUCGAUUUUAUUCUUCUCUAAAGUUUUAGAUUUUGUUGUGUAAUCUUAUCAUAAUGAUCAUUAAACAUUUUGUACAAGAAUAGAUAAAUAAUUCGUUCAACUCACGAUAUUCUAGUAGUUUUCCAAUCAGUAUCAUUCAAUUAAUUAUUAUUUCCAAAAUACUUAAGAGUUCUGAUCAGAGCUCAUUACAAAUUGGCCCUCAGAUGACGUCAUCGAGUGUAGGAGGGGCGGGAGUGGGUGGAGUGCCGGGUGGUAACGGAGAGGAGGAUGAGCUGACCCUACCUCGAGCGUCCAUCAACAAAAUGAUCAAAGAAAUUCUGCCGAGCGUGCGCGUGGCAAACGAAGCCCGCGAUUUAGUGCUCAACUGUUGUACCGAAUUCAUUCACCUCAUAUCGUCCGAAGCCAACGACAUAUGCAACCAACAAAUGAAGAAAACUAUAAACGCCGAUCAUAUUUUUGCUGCAUUAGACCGAUUGGGAUUCGGCGAUUACAGAGCCGAUGCUGAAGCAGUAUUACGAGAUUGCAAAGCAGUUGCCGCCAAGCGAAGAAGACAGAGCACACGACUCGAGAACCUGGGAAUACCCGAAGAAGAAUUGCUCAGGCAGCAGCAGGAACUAUUUGCCAGGGCGCGGGAAGAGCAAGCAGCAGCCGAACAACAAGAGUGGCAACAGCUGCAAGCCGAGGCACAAGUGGUCGCAAUGCAACAGACGUGUGAUGACGAUGAUGAUGACGACUAUUCCUGAACAAGCCUAGUCUUAACUCCAAUUUAUUUAUAUUUUCUAAUAAAAUAAACGUUCAAGCAAU